AUAGAAUUAAAAGAGAAAACCAAGCAGCGAAAGAACUAGAAGAAAUUUUCAAACAAAGAGAAGAAAAAAGAAAGGAAACAAUUAAACAGCAAGAACCCUUAAGAAAAGACAAAAAUAUAUCGAAACAAGACAAUGAAGGA